GCGUGCUGUCGUAGGCUGGCGCUGAUUGGGCGAGAGGCGCCGACGCGCUUACGGUGGCUACGCGAUCGGAGGGGGAGCUCGCGUGAGCGCGGCGGGGACAGGCAAGAUGGUGUCCGAGGCGCAUCCGGAGCCCCCCAAGGCAGGGGAGAUGCCGUUGCCAGGAUACGCGGCCUGGUCCCCCAACGAGCUGCAGGCCAAACUGGCCGAGAUCGGGGCGCCCACGCAAGGUAGCCGAGAGGAGUUGGUGGAACGGUUGCAGACAUACACACUUCAGACUGGGAUCGUGCUCAACCGGCCAGUUCUGCGAGGAGAUGAUGGAGACAAGUCGGGCCCGCCCCCAAUGCAGGGACAGCACCCUGGGAUGCCUCUGCCGCCCCCUCCAAUGGGGAUGCCGCCGAUGCAGCCGCCACCCCCUCCGCCUCCACCUGGCAUGGGCCUCAACUUCCCCAUGGGGGUGGGACCCCCUCCGCCGCCCCCUGGCAUGGGCCCGCCUCUCCGCAUGCAGGUGGAUCCAUCUGUGCUGCCUGAGGAAGAGCGGCUGAAGCUAGCUCAGCAGCAAGCCGCCAUGUUGAUCCAGCAGGAGGAGAGGGUCAAGCAGGCUGCUGUCCUCAUGGAACAGGAGCGUCACCAAGAGAUGUCCAAGCUCGCCCCCUCGGUGCCUAGGGCUGUUCCAGACAUGGGGCCGAGACCUCAGGGGCUCCCAAGAGGGAACCCUCCUGUGGGCUUGUCCAUCGGACCACCAGGCCCAAGACCCCGUGGCCCCCCGCCGCCUCCUGGGGAGGACAGUCGCGAGGUGGAUGAGUCUGGCGUGGGCCCCAAAAUUCCCCAAGCUCUGGAGAAGAUCCUUCAGCUCAAAGAGAUCCGUCAGGAAGAGCUUACGGCUGUGCCUAGCGCUACAGAUGAUGACAUGGAGACCGACUUAAGGGCCUUGGCCAGCAUCUCCGCUUCAGAUGCAGAAGAGGACGCUUUGGCCCUGUCUAAGAAAGAGAAAAACCGCAAGCGGCGAAACCGGAAGAAGAGGAAGAAGCAGCGGCAAGAAAGUGUGUCCCCAAGAGAGGCCCGGCCUAGCCAGGAUGCCAAGGGGCGUGGGGAAGAUUCAGGGGGCGAUGGCCCAGUGGAAAUAGAGUACGUCACGGAGGAGCCAGAGAUCUAUGACCCCAACUUCAUUUUCUUCAAGAGGAUAUUUGAGGCGUUCAAGCUGACCGACGAUGUUAAGAAGGAGAAGGAGAAGGAACCGGAAAAGACGGACAAGGUGGCCAGUUCAGCCAUCCCCAAGAAGAAGGGCUUUGAAGAAGAGCGGAAAGACAGUGACGACAGCUCGGAUGACGAGCUGGAGAAGAAGCCAGAGGCCCCCAAACUGUCCAAGAAGAAGCUUCGGCGGAUGAACCGCUUUACCGUGGCUGAGCUUAAACAGCUCGUGGCCCGUCCUGAUGUGGUGGAGAUGCACGACGUGACGGCCCAGGAUCCCAAGCUGCUCGUCCACCUGAAGGCCACCCGCAACUCGGUCCCAGUCCCCCGCCACUGGUGCUUCAAGCGCAAAUACCUGCAAGGGAAGAGGGGCAUCGAGAAGCCGCCCUUCGAGCUGCCCGAGUUCAUCAAGCGGACGGGCAUCCAGGAGAUGAGGGAGGCCCUGCAGGAAAAGGAGGAGCAGAAGACCAUGAAGUCCAAGAUGAGGGAGAAAGUUCGCCCCAAGAUGGGCAAAAUCGAUAUCGAUUACCAGAAGCUGCACGACGCCUUCUUCAAGUGGCAGACCAAGCCUAAGCUGACCAUCCAUGGGGAUCUGUAUUAUGAGGGCAAGGAGUUUGAGACGCGGCUGAAGGAGAAGAAGCCCGGGGACCUGUCGGACGAGCUGCGCAUUGCACUGGGGAUGCCCGUCGGGCCGAACGCGCAUAAAGUCCCUCCCCCCUGGUUGAUCGCCAUGCAGCGCUACGGUCCGCCACCCUCCUAUCCCAAUCUGAAGAUUCCGGGCUUGAAUUCCCCUAUCCCAGAGGGAUGCUCAUUUGGGUACCAUGCUGGGGGCUGGGGCAAGCCCCCUGUGGACGAGACGGGGAAGCCCCUCUACGGAGACGUCUUUGGGACCAACGCGGCUGAAUUUCAGACCAAGACGGAGGAGGAGGAGAUUGACCGCACACCAUGGGGGGAGCUGGAGCCCUCGGACGAGGAAUCCUCAGAGGAGGAGGAGGACGAGGAGAGCGACGAAGAGAAGCCAGAUGAGACGGGUUUCAUCACCCCGGCGGACAGUGGUCUGAUUACACCGGGGGGCUUCUCAUCGGUGCCUGCUGGCAUGGAAACGCCGGAACUCAUUGAGCUGCGUAAGAAGAAGAUUGAGGAGGCCAUGGAUGGCAGUGAGACGCCCCAGUUGUUCACGGUUCUGCCAGAGAAGAGGACCGCAACGGUUGGCGGCGCCAUGAUGGGCUCCACUCACAUCUAUGACAUGGCAACGGUGAUGAGUCGCAAAGGGCCCGGGCCAGAGAUCCAGGGCGUGGAGGUGGCCUUGGCCCCCGAGGAGUUGGAGCUGGACCCCAUGGCCAUGACCCAGAAGUACGAGGAGCACGUGCGGGAGCAGCAGGCCCAAGUGGAGAAGGAGGACUUCAGCGACAUGGUGGCCGAGCACGCCGCCAAGCAGAAGCAAAAGAAGCGGAAAGCACAGCCCCAGGAUACCAGGGCAGGAGCCAAGAAGUACAAGGAAUUCAAGUUCUAGCCCAUGCCUGAAACGUAUCGUCAGUUCCUGUUUGUCCUUCAUUUUUAAUCCUCUACAAACACCCCCCCCCAUUUUCCAUCCUCCCACCCACCUUGCCAGGGACCCCCUGGCCCUUGUGCUGUUGUUGUGUCUUCGGUUUGGGUUAAGAUGUGAAUUAUUUUGUAAAUAAAGUCGGAGUUGCUCUC